UUGUAAAUAAAUGUAGUUGUGGUGAACUGUAAGCAUUGGUGUCAGUGGUUUGCAAGGCAGCGCGCGUAUUGCCGCUUCGCACAAACCGGUCUCAUUUCCGAACGGAGCUUCUGUUGGCGGGAAAGUAUCGCUUCUGACUUUGACUUUUUUUUUUUUUGUUUUUAAUCAUGAGUUUGGAAGAAAGGAACAGGAAGGUAGCGGAAACUUUUGAAAAAUUCAAAAUUGAUGAAUGGGGCAAAGACAACGAUGUUAAGUGUGUCCAAGUGGCGACCAACGUGGUUGAGCAGAAACACCAGGUGUCUCGAGCCAAGCGCGGCAAAGCGCUCGGCAGCCGCGCCUUCCGCGGCAGCACCGUCUGGUUCACGGGGCUUAGCGGCGCCGGCAAGACCAGCAUUGCGUUCGCGCUCGAGGCUUACCUUGUCUCUAAAGGUAUCCCAGCGUAUGGUCUUGACGGAGAUAACAUCCGGACUGGUCUGAAUAAGAACCUGGGCUUCAGUAAAGAGGACCGCGAAGAAAACAUCAGACGUGUGGCAGAGGUAGCCAAACUGUUUGCGGAUAGUGGUGUCGUGUGUCUGUGCAGUUUUGUAUCGCCUUUUGCUGAGGAUCGUGAGUUGGCUCGUCGCAUCCAUACAGACUCGCAUCUGCCAUUCUUUGAAGUGUUCAUAGACACGCCUCUUGAUGUGUGCGAGCAGAGAGAUACUAAGGGUCUCUACAAGAAAGCCAGGGAAGGACAAAUUAAGGGCUUUACCGGUAUUACUCAAGAAUAUGAAAGACCGGACGCUCCCGAGCUGGUCAUACAAACCGUUGGCAGGACUAUUGAGGAGUCCACAAUGGAAGUUAUUUCACUACUUGAAUCACAGGGUAUUAUACCCCGUCACGAGGCGAGGAAUCAAGAAGUGGAAGAAUUAUUUAUAUAUGGCAACCGGCUCACUAGCGCCAUCGAGGAGGCGGCAACACUGCCGCAGAUACAGCUCACUGACUUAGAUCUGCAGUGGGUUCAAGUACUUUCAGAAGGUUGGGCUUAUCCACUGAAAGGAUUCAUGCGAGAAACAGAAUAUUUACAAGCGCUACAUUCGAACUGUCUGACACUUCCGGACGGUUCUCUGGUGAACCAAUCAGUACCGGUGGUGUUGCCAGUGACGAGCAGUGUGAAGGAGCAGUUGUCUGGUGCGGGGGCGCUGGCGCUGGUGCACGGCGGUCGCUGUGUUGCCAUACUGAGGAGCCCCGAGUUCUACCCUCACAGGAAGCAGGAGAGAUGCUGCAGACAGUACGGGAUAUAUCACACCGGACAUCCUUAUAUUAAGAUGAUCGAGGAGUCAGGAGAUUGGCUGGUGGGGGGUAACCUGGAGGUGUUUGAGCGCAUCCUCUGGCACGACGGUCUGGACUCCUACCGCCUCACACCCAACGAGCUCAGGCGCAAGUUCAGACAGCUCGGUGCUGACGCAGUCUUCGCAUUCCAGCUCCGCAAUCCCAUCCACAAUGGACACGCGCUGCUCAUGCAGGACACACACCGACAACUCAUCGAGAGAGGCUUCAAGAAACCUGUUCUCUUACUGCAUCCACUAGGUGGGUGGACGAAGGACGACGAUGUGCCGCUGGAGGUGCGCAUCUUGCAGCACAAGGCGGUGCUGGCAGAGCGAGUGCUGGACCCUGACUCCACUGUUCUCGCCAUCUUCCCCUCACCCAUGAUGUACGCUGGACCCACUGAGGUACAAUGGCAUGCAAAGUGUCGCAUGAACGCUGGUGCCAACCAUUACAUAGUGGGUCGUGACCCCGCCGGCCUCCCCCACCCUGCCGGUGACGGAGACCUCUAUGACCCCCGCCAUGGUGCCAUGGUGCUCAAGAUGGCGCCCGGACUCAAUGACCUCGAGAUAAUUCCAUUCCGUGUGGCAGCGUAUGACACUUCUGUGGGCAAGAUGGCCUUCUUUGAUCCAACCAGGAAAGAAGAUUUCGACUUUAUAUCAGGAACAAGGAUGCGAGGUUUAGCUAAAGCAGGUAAAGAACCUCCCAAUGGAUUCAUGGCGUCUUCCGCAUGGAAAGUAUUGUCAGAGUAUUAUCAAUCUAUCAAAUCCAAAAUGGAUACAAAUUAAUAAAUUAAAUUAUAUAAUUUCCUAUUGGAAUACAAGAAGUACGGUGAUACUUUAGUAUUAAUUUUUUUUUCUUG